ACUGGGCUUCAAAUUGCCUACUACUCUAUACAUACCAUUUGCAUUGCACUUUAUUCAUCCCGCUGUCCUCUUUCUCAUCUGCCAACCAUGGCAUCCCUGUUCUUAAAUACCGCUUGCCCUAGCAGAACGUACCUAGCAGCUGGCAAUUUAGCACAAUUGCUUGGGAAGCACGUUCUAACACGGGCUUCCCCUGGGACAGUAGUGAUGUCCGGAAGAAGACCCCAGAGCACCCAGUCUUCCCUCGUGACAAAGUCAUCGUGGACGCAUCCUGUAUAUACGACAUCCCAGCUUCAUUCAAUCCAGACGGCUCACCGCAACGCCCAAGACUGGUCGGAUAAAAUGGCUCUUGGAACUGUCCGGUUCCUACGAUGGGGCAUGGACUUGGUCACAGGAUAUAAUCAUCCAUAUCGACGUGAUGUCAACUCCUCUCUGUUCCGAAUGACCGAGAAGAAAUGGAUUACACGAUUUAUUUUCCUGGAGAGCGUUGCGGGCGUUCCCGGGAUGGUAGCUGCUAUGCUGCGACACCUAAAGAGUCUGAGGAGGAUGAGGCGAGAUUACGGAUGGAUCGAAACCCUCCUGGAAGAGGCCUAUAAUGAACGGAUGCACCUUUUAACCUUCCUCAAAUUAUCCCAACCAGGCCCUGCCAUGUACUUCAUGGUCCUAGCAUCACAGUGCGUCUUCUUUACAGGAUUCUCUCUCGCCUACCUGGUUUCUCCCCGGAUAUGUCACCGAUUUGUUGGUUACCUGGAGGAGGAAGCCGUGAUCACCUAUACCAAAGCAAUCCAAGAGCUCGACAAGGGCAACCUGCCGCUUUGGAGCAAUAAGGAGGCUCCCGCAAUGGCAAUCAAGUACUGGCAGAUGCCCGAAGGCCAACGAUCGAUACGCUCUCUGUUACUGUGUGUACGUGCGGACGAGGCGAACCAUCGGGAUGUCAAUCACACGCUUGGGAGUCUCGACCAGAAUAGUGAUCCUAAUCCCUUCUCGGCCAAGUUUAAGAACGCGAUCAAGGAGGCCAGCCAACCCUUGUCUCCCUUGAAAGAUUAUCGUUAAGGAUUGUUCUGGAAUUGCGCCUCGCAUACAUAUGUUUCCCGGAGUUAUUCACAUUUUAUAGAAGUAUUUAGAGAAAUAGAAAAUAUUAAUUGCACGAUUGAAG